AUGCCAUCUCCUCUUUCUGAUAACAACGCCGACGGGCAGCCAACUGGUUCCACUCCAGUUCCCGAGUCAAGAGUCCCACGCAGCGGUAGUAGCAAUUUGCUCACUGCCGUCGAUGCGAUGGACCCGCCUCGCACUGAGAACGUCUCCUCACCCAGUCGCAUUGCUUCGCCAACAGUCAUCUCAAGUAGUCCGUUCACCGGUGGGACGGUUGAUUCACAUCCCUCUGAGAACGUCACUCCACCCAGUCACAGUGUACCGCUGACGGUCAACUGGAGUCUGCCACGCAGGUCUCACUCAUCGACCCAGUUACCAAUCCCGAGGAGUACGAGGCACGACGUCAACAUCGGCUCGGCACGAUCCAGUCCACAUGCGCAAGACGUGGUUGCGUUGCCUGUAAUGACUCCACGAAUCUUCACGGAUGACAACAAUGUGUCGUCGCCUUCGAAUCGUGACAAAGCUCUUCCCAGUCCACCAAUGGCGCAGGCAGUAGACCCCAACAGUCCUCCGAAAUCCGGACGCACAUUAGUCGACUCUGAUUUUGAGACUCCAUCGAAAAGCAACUGGCCUAUCCUGAGCCCCGACGAGGACGUCUCAGGAGAUGCCUUGGAGCAGUCCAGGGACGAUAUUAACCAUACUAAUGCAGGAACUAGGAUUUCAUGGCAGAGCCAGCAGCAGCAGCAGCAGCAGACAAACCGUAGCGCAUCAGUUGGAGUAGCGCCCAGAGAAAGUUCUAAUCCGUUUGUGUACAGAAACCCAGAGUCUGCAAUAGCAGUAGCGGAAGAAAGCGGCUCACCCACGGGGGAGAUCGUUCUGCGGCGCCGACAGUCGCAACAGGCAGCGCGGUCUCGCAUACUGAGCAGCAGGAACCCCUACGCAGGUUCACUGGCUACCAUAGAGAGCGAGCUCGCUCGGAGGAGGAUCUUAGCUGCGAUCACCAUCCCCAAUCGCAAUAGCUCGCUUCCUUCGAAUUUGCGAGCUGUGGGCGGCAGCGAGUCGCCGGAAGUCGUUCUGGCCUGUGGUACUAUCCUCCGCUUCUUGUCCCGGCGAGCCCCUGGCAUUGGGCCUACGCUGAAAAUAUAUCCAGAUGCGGAAUCCGUGCUCCGGGGACCGAGCGACCAGUUCGCAGAACUUCUACAAUCGCCGUGUAGGAGCUCUGUGGACGGUCGUUCGGUCGUGUCAACGCCCGUACAGCCAAUUCGAGGCAUGCGUACUACACGCAGAAGCUUCACGCCAACUGCUUCGCCAACAGCAUCAAACGGUCCAUGGGGCUACCGGCGUAUCGACACCAGUGCCUCAAAGGCACAAUCUUCAGUCACUGGCGAGGUUGGCAUAAACAUCAACGGCGCAGAGCAACAGGAGCAUGAGGCUCAGAGCAAGACCAACCCUAGUCGAAUCUCAGAUGAGCAUGUCAGUAGCCGCAACGCCAUUGUCCAACCCAGCAUGUCCACUUCGAGCUCUGGUACAGAAUCUCAAACUGUCAAGUCGUACGAUGCGACUCGCGGCUAUAGUCCUUCCAAGCCGAUGGCCACAACAGAUGUCAGAUCAACCCAAAGCGACGAAAAAUCUAGGCGUUUAUCACAUUUGAGCGACAUCCAAGAGCUUGAGCAACGUAUGCCGUCAGUCGGCGUAAUUGAUGCUCCACUUAUUCACAUAGUAGAAGAGUCCACGGAGAACAAGAUCAAAGGCAAGCGCAGCUUCCGCGGCAUAAUACUUGGGCGCGAGACUAAGCAUCCCGAACGCCGGCGGUCAAACAUUCAGCACAAGCGUAGCUGGUACGGCAACACCAAGAGUAAACUCGUGAAGCGCAUCAGCUCGACUGUUCUUUCGAAGCUUCACUCGUCCCAGUCCCAGACCCCUCAUCCUGAAGCGAAAUCCAUGCUCAAGCGUGAGAGUAGGUCUAUGGUCUCUCCUACUGCCGUCAAUCGCCAAGCUGCACUGUCCUCUCUAGAGGCAUUGUCCUCUUACGUACCGGGGAAUGCAACGACUGCCACAGACCACGACGCAAUCAAGGCACUAGUCAAGCUGACAGACCAUGUCAAAGAGAUGCCCACCGGGACGGCUGAUCAAUUCACCAUCGAGGCUCUCCUGCAAUCCAUCGAGUGUUGCAGGAAGGCCGAGGAGAGCGCUGAAAAGGCAAGGGACUAUGCCCAUGAUGCAAAGGUCCACGCGGAGCGAGGCCAGAUGGAAGUUAACAACAUCUUCACGAGGGGCACUUCGGUAUGGGAUGGCGAGACCCAGUCUCUCAUCCAAGAGUACAUCAGAUCAUCGGGCAUUGAUCGCUUGGCAGCUGAGAGGGAGGCUAGGGAUGCAUUGGAGGGCAUCUGA